CCCAUUACAUUAAUUUGGGCACCGUCAUCGCCCAGCAAGAUUUUUGUUUUCUUUUCCUUCUUCUCUGCUUCUUCUCUGCUAUCAAUAAUGUCGUUAACAAAUCCAUGUUCAACAUUUCCCUUCCUCUUUUCUUCCAUUUGAUUUGAUUUUAUUCUCUUCCUUUUUUCUCUCUCGCUAUUCCGGCUUCCGAUGGAGGAUUUCUUUUCGUUAUUGCCUUUUAGCUACUAAGCUUUGAGUAAAUCUCAGCUGCGAAGUUCAGCUGCCAUUUGAGUUCAUCAAUCCGUAUCAAUUCCAGUUUCAGAGCUCUGUUCUGGAGCUUACGUUACUAAAUUUGUCGACACUAAGUCUUUUGAACCACUGUUGGAAUCUUGUUUGCAGGUGAAUAAUCAAGCUUACAAGAGCUAUACCUAUGCAUAUAACCACGUUUGUUUCUGCAGCCUUUGCUGUGCUUAAAGAGUUUCUAAUUUGUAUAGAGAGAUGUGAUCAUUCUGCUUUCAACUGAUAUGAAGACGGCACAGAGAGCUCAAGAUACAAAAAAAGCUUUGGAUGAAACUGAAAACAACCUAUCAAACAACAACAAAACUGAGGCUCCUAUAACAGACGCAGGUUCAGUAUCUGGCUCAAACAAUGAUGGCAAAAAAGUUUCUCACCAAGAUAUUGAAUUUGUUCAGAAUUUAAUAGAGCGGUGCCUUCAAUUGUAUAUGAAUAGAGAUGAAGUAGUUAAGACCCUACUGAAUCGUGCAAGGAUAGAUCCUGGAUUUACGUCAUUAGUUUGGCAGAAGCUGGAAGAAGAGAAUGCUGAUUUUUUCAGAGCUUAUUACAUAAGGUUAAAAUUGAAAAAGCAAAUCCUCCUUUUUAAUCAUUUGCUUGAACAUCAAUACCGUCUCAUGAACUAUUCCAUGCCUCCCAAAGUUCCUUUAGCUCCUAUGCAGAAUGGAAUUCAUCCUAUGUCUGUUAACAACUUACCGAUGGGAUAUCCAGUCCUUCAACAACCUCCUAUGUCAAUGCCAGGUCAACCCCAUUUGGAUACCAUGGGCUCUGGAAUCUCAAGCUGCCAUGUUGUUAAUGGAGUUCCUGCACCUAGUAACUUCCAUCCUAUUAGGAUGAACUCUGGGAACGAUAUGUUGAUGAACAGCGAGGCCGAUAUGGUUCCUGUUAUUCCACCAAACGGUAACAUGUCCUCCCUUUCAGAGAUGUCUCUGAGUCCUACAUCAGUGGCAUCCAGUGGUCAUUUCUCAUUCACUGCUCCAGAAAUAUCUGGAAUUGGAGUAGAUACUUCUGCGCUCGAUACUGCAUUUACAUCAGACAUGGUAAGUUCGGUGGGUCUGCAACUUUCACAAGAUGGUGGAGCUGGAAAUUCUAGGGAUUCUCUCAGAUCAUUGGAUCAGAUACAGUGGAAUUUUAACCUGGAUCUUACAACAGAUUUAUCAAAUUUGGGAGAUUUAGGACCAUUAGGUAACUACCCUGGUUCUCCUUUUUUGCCCUCGGACUCAGAAAUUUUACUUGAUUCACCGGAGCAAGAAGAUAUAGUGGAGGAGUUCUUCGUUGAUUCCGUCCCUGAACCGCCAGACGAAGAGAAAUCCUAAACAAAGGUGACAAAAGUCUUUUUUUGCGAUUUGCAUAAGUAGGAUAGGAUAAGAUUUGACCAGAAAUGAAGAGCCCAUGGUCUAUUAUUAAUAAAUAGGCAUUCAGUAAUUUUGUCAUCAACAAAAUUUCAGUUAUUUAAAUAUGGUAGUCGCAUUAGCUUGGUUUGUAGGAAUGUAGAUAGGGAAUGAAUUAGUGUAGUCAUGUAGGGGAAGGAAGCCGUAGUUGAUCUCUUGUGCUGCUGCUCAUUUCAGAUAUCUCCAUUUGUGCUGUUCAAUUUUAAGUCCCCAGUCUGGAUUUAAAGCUCCAUCCUAUAAUUAACAGUACUUUUUAGACGUUUGAUUGUUCCUACUCUCUUUUUAUGCCUUUGAUUAAUGGAAAACACCCAUCAAAUUAUCUGA